CUUAAUUUGGUGUUUGGUGCAAAAAUCAUGUCUAAUUUUUCAGAAAUACCCGAGAUAUGUUUUCAUCCAGUUUAAAUUCAUGUAGGACCAUUUUGAUGUUAGAAAUUCAUAAUAAAAUAGCACUAAUUUACCACCAAACACCAAAUGCAAAUGUGGACUGAACACUGCCAUGAAAAAGUUGGAGAUUAUUACAAUAUGUUACAACUUCCAAAAAUCACAAGGUCCUAAAAACCUAAUGACGGACCCCAAAAUACUAGAACAAAGUGUCAUUGGACCCAAAAUACUAUAACACAGACCAUUAAUAUUGACAUAAAGUAGAACCACUUUACAAACCAAACAAAAACAGUGAUGGACGAAAAACGAAUGAAACAAUUUGGCUUUAAAAUCAUUAAUGGAUGCUUAUUUCAUAGCCAGGCACAUUUUGACACGCUGGAAAAGAUUCACACUUUACCAAUGAGAGAGGAUGAUAUCGUCAUCAGUUCUUAUCCAAGAUCAGGAACACAUUGGGUAGGCUCCAUGGUACAUCUUAUCCUUCAUUCAGAUGACUUGCACGCAGCUAACAAUGUCCAUGUUCAUGACAGGUUCACAUGGUUGGACAUUCCAAAACAAAUGCUCAGUGGUGAGAUUGGACUAAAAGAUGUCAACAAACAGCAUGGCAACUUUCAGUUUGAUACUUUUACUUCACUCCCCUCUCCCCGAAUAUUUGUCAGUCAUCUGGGGUAUCCCUUUAUGCCUAGAGGUAUUACAGAUGGGACUUGUAAGCUGGUCGUUGUGAUGCGUAAUCCCAAGUCCGUACUCUGCAGCAUAAGUCAUAUGUUCAAGAGUUUCCAAGGCGGGGCUGAAGUUUCGGAGGCUGACUUUCGAACACUUGAUAACAUCUUGGAUGAUAACCUCACACAGCAAAAUGACAGAUUUGUGUAUGGCACCUGGUUCAACCACCUGUCUGGCUUUUGGGCACAAAAAGAUCAUCUAAAAGUGCUGUUCAUUAAAUAUGAGGAUAUGGUGAAUGACCUAGCGGAAUCUGUUACUAAAACUGCAGAAUUCUUGGAGAAAGAUCUCACGGAAGCUGAAAAAGACAAUAUAGUUGAACAUCUUACCUUCAACAAAAUGCGAAAUAAUCCCAAAACAGGCAAAGUAUUUGAGACAAUCAAGGAGAGAUCAGGACACGACAACAGUGCAGGUCAUAUGAGGAAAGGUGUAAUAGAUGACUGGAAGGAUAACCUUACGGUGUCUCAAAGUGAAAGAAUUGACUCUUUCCUUCAAGACAAAAUACAAAAACUUGGACUUGAGUUCCAAUAUGAAUAAUAAAAAUAUAACUAUUAUAUUUAUAAAGAUGUAUAUAACAAAAUGGCAACUCCAUGGACCAAAUGAACAAUUAUGUAUCUCAAACAUUAAAAGCUAGCGUAUCUAGACGGGGGUGUGGAGGGUGCACGGCUGCACGCCUCCUCCAAAAAGUCAGAAUUUCAACUGGAAAUCAAAAUAGAAGGUUAUGGAUUGUCAAUAACGCAUUGCAUAUGCUUAAAUCAGACCCGGGAUUUGGACCUACAGUGCUACACUCCUGAAAUUGGUCAGAAUGCACCAAAUUAUGUUCAAUUUUCACAUUUUUCUGGGGGGAGAACCCUCCAGACCCCCUAACACAAAAUCCUGGGUCCGCCCCUUUUAAAGAAUAGUAAAAAGUAACCAU